ACUGGAAAUAAAAAUUUAUUUUGUGUUUCUUUUUUUUACUUAAUAAUUUAAGAGUGUUGUUGUUUAUAACUUUGAUUGCCGUGUCUGUGUAAAAGAGUUGUGAUAGUUUAAACCUUACAGAAAUAGAAAAGUAGUCCCGUACACCUUUAUGUUGUAGUAAAAAUGUCCCCAAUAAAAAGAUCGGUGCUUCCUACUUCCCACACAAGGCACAAGGCGAGGGAGGUGCAGCGCUGCGCAUGCGCGACAUGUGCGGCUAUCGAGCUUAUUAUUACAUACCGGACUUUCCCGCAUUGAAAAACGAUAGAUUGUUAAGAGCAGCUACAGGCAAGGAAGUAGAUAAAGUACCGGUAUGGGUGAUGCGUCAGGCUGGUCGCUAUCUGCCGGAGUUCCAGGCAGUAAGAGCGCAACAUGACUUCUUUACAGUUUGUCGAACUCCUGAACUGGCUUGCGAAGUUACACUUCAGCCUUUAAGACGCUAUGAACAUUUGGAUGCCUCAAUCAUAUUUAGCGACAUCCUUGUUAUCCCUCAAGCUCUUGGUAUGACUGUGGAAAUGCAUCCAGGUGUGGGUCCAGUGUUCCCAACCCCCUUACAAAGUCCCAGUGAAAUAGAUCAAUUGCAAGAGGAUGGAGCUGUCUCCAGAUUAACCUAUGUUGGGGAUGCAAUAACAUUGACAAGACACAAAAUAGAAGGCAAGGUGCCUUUAAUUGGAUUUACUGGAGCUCCUUUCACACUAAUGGGUUACAUGAUAGAGGGUGGUGGAAGUAAAACAAUGUCUAAGACCAAAGAAUGGCUUGAAAAGUACCCAAAGGAUGUCCAUAAGCUGCUCAGUUUGCUGACAAGAGUUAUAAUUGAUUACUUAGUUAUGCAGGCAGAAAGUGGAGCACAAUUACUACAAGUGUUUGAAUCAAGUGCGGACCAUCUCACAAAGGAACAAUUUGCAGAAGUGUCAGCUCCAUACUUAAAGGAUAUAAGGACUGGGGUUCAACAAAAACUUGAGGAGAAAAAAUUGGAACAAGUUCCUAUGACAGUAUUUGCAAAAGGUGGGGGGCAUUCGUUAGAUGUGCAAGUAACAUUAGGAUAUGAAACAAUUGGUUUAGAUUGGACGGUGGACCCGGUGGAAGCCAGAAAAAUUGUUGGUGACAAUAUUACUUUGCAAGGAAAUCUGGAUCCACAAGAUUUAUACAAGACACCAGAGGAAAUUAAGAAGAUGACAAUAGAUAUGGUGCAAAAGUUUGGCAAGCACAGGUACAUUGCUAAUUUAGGUCACGGGAUAACACCACAGACCCCAUUGGAGAGUAUGACUGCAUUUACCGAGGCUGUUCAUGAGGCAUUCUAAUGUAUGAAAAUUCAUAUAAAAUGUAUGUAUGGAUAUGGGAUGGGAAUAUGUUUUUUUAUAUUUUUAAAAUAAACUGCUAUUAUAUAUGAGAUGGUUUAAUGAACUAAAUUGUUACACUUGUUUAGAAAUUAUAUUGUUAUUUACAUUGAA